GAAUUUGUUUUGUUAUUGUUAUUAUUAUGUUAAGUGUAAUCCAUGUGUGUGUUAAUGAAUCAGUUUAUUAAGUUUGUUUAGAAACUGUCUCUUCAAUUACAUACAUUUGGUUAGUGAUUGUAGAAUGUUUUAGACAUUAAGAAUAUUUGCUGUUGGGAAAAGUUGGACGUCGACCGAGCCAUGAGCCACAAGCAGGUGCACCCUCGCAGCCCGUACCGCUCUCCCCCGAGCUUCAAGGACAUGGCGAUCAAGUAUCCCCGAUUCAGGAAGUUUGUUAUCCAGGACCUUUCAGGGCGCAUCACCAUCGACUUCAGGAACCCCGAAGCCCUGCACGCCCUCACCACAACGCUCCUGCAGAGGGACUUUGGGCUGGAAGUGGAGAUGCCGCUGGACCGUCUGAUCCCGACCGUGCCGUCUCGACUCAACUACGUGCUCUGGGUGGAGGACUUGCUGCGGGCGGCGGGGGUCAGCGCCGACACGCCGGUCCACGGCAUCGACAUAGGUACUGGGGCUUCUUGCAUCUAUUCCCUGUUGGCCGCAAAGAGCAAGGGCUGGCAUAUGCUGGCCACUGACAUGGACGCAGACAGCUACAAGUGCGCUGAAGAGAAUGUGCGCAUUAAUAAACUGGAGCAUCUCGUACAAGUGAAGCUCGUUGACGCGACGGUGCUGCUGAAAGGUGUGGUGGCGGAGGGCCAGCAGUACGACUUCUGCAUGUGCAACCCGCCGUUCUUCAGCAGCGAGGAGGAGUUGGGGGCAGAGACCAAGUCGCGGUCCCCCGCCCGCCCCCCACCCCGUGGUGCUCGCACUGGCUCCCCCAGUGAUGUGGUCGUGUCCGGAGGGGAGGUUGCGUUCGUAAGCAACAUGGUGCGCGAGAGCAAGGAGCUGGGGACUACUAUCAGGGUGUACAGCAGCCUGCUAGGGCACAAGUCGAGCCUGGGCCCAGUGAAGGCCCUCCUGCAGGAGGCAGGGGUGUCCAGCCAGGCGGACACGUGGUUCUGCCAGGGCCGCACCACUCGCUGGUACGUGGCCUGGACCUUCGCGGCGGGCUGCGACCUGCAGGGGGCAGCGGCGCAGACAGCUGGCCAGCCCGCCAAGAGGAAGGAGAAGGCACCGCUCGCGUGGACCGUCCCUCGGCCCGGUGACCCCGCUCGCCACACCCUGGCCGUCGUCGGCGCCAGAGUCAAGGAGAUGCUGCAGCAGCUGCAGAUGAGUGUCAGGGGUCUGAGGAACAAUGACAAAAUCCAGUCAUACCAAGUAACUGCGUUCGACAACACCUGGUCUAACCAGCGCAAGAAGCGAAGGGCAGCCGCGCACGUUGACAGCCCGAAAAAAGACAUUCCGGCACCUGCCACGGUCACGGGUGACGGGCGACGGUCCCCUGGAUGUCCAGAUGCAAGAUGUGACGGUGCGACGGGUACUGGAGAGGGAACUUCAGAGCCCACAGAUUCGGCUCGUGACAAGAUUGCUGCAGAAAAGAAUGCCCCGUCCACCCAAGAAGCAGAUGCCAAACAACUGGAGGCAAGUGGCGGGGGAACGACCGGUCUCAAGAGGCCCGUAGAGGACAUGAUCAGUUUGAGCAAGAAACUGAAAACGGAGGCCGUGGGCUGCCUGUUGAGAGCUGGCGUGGCAGUGGUCAGGAAUGGUGAUGACAUUGUCCUGGAGUGGUGUUUCUUGGAAGGUGCCGGCGGGCGAGAAGCUCUGCACCAGGUCUUGCAAUACUUCAAAAAUAACUUCAAGCUGUAAGUACUGGCCACAACUUAAAUAAUAAAUUUUUAUUUGUUACAGAAAA